UUCAGUUUUAAGAAAUGGGUGACAAGUCAGCUAUCACUCUUGACGGGAUCAAGAACGAGACUGUUGAUUUGGAGAAAAUUCCGAUCGACGAAGUGUUUGAACAGUUGAAAUGUACCCGGGAAGGUUUAUCCUCCGAGGAGGGGAACAACAGAAUUCAAAUAUUUGGCCCCAACAAACUAGAAGAAAAAAAGGAAAGCAAAAUUCUCAAGUUUUUGGGGUUCAUGUGGAAUCCGCUCUCAUGGGUUAUGGAAGCCGCUGCUAUAAUGGCCAUUGCGUUGGCUAAUGGCAGCGGCCAGCCCCCGGAUUGGCAAGACUUUGUUGGUAUUGUUUGCUUGCUGGUCAUCAACUCCACCAUCAGUUUCAUAGAAGAAAACAAUGCUGGUAAUGCUGCUGCCGCUCUCAUGGCUGGUCUCGCCCCUAAAACUAAGGUUCUUAGAGAUGGAAAAUGGAGUGAACAAGAGGCUGCGGUUCUGGUUCCAGGAGAUAUUAUCAGCAUUAAAUUGGGAGAUAUCAUCCCUGCUGAUGCGCGUCUUCUUGAGGGUGAUCCGUUGAAGGUGGAUCAAUCUGCACUCACUGGAGAAUCACUUCCUGUGACCAAGAAUCCUGGGGAUGAAAUUUUCUCUGGUUCAACCUGCAAACAAGGUGAAAUCGAGGCUGUGGUUAUUGCAACCGGUGUUCACACCUUUUUCGGAAAGGCUGCACAUCUUGUGGACAGUACCAACCAAGUUGGUCACUUUCAGAAGGUGCUUACUGCCAUUGGAAACUUCUGUAUUUGUUCGAUUGCGAUUGGGAUGGUGGUUGAGAUCAUCGUCAUGUAUCCAAUUCAACACCGCAAGUAUAGAAAUGGAAUUGACAAUCUAUUGGUACUCUUGAUUGGGGGCAUUCCAAUUGCUAUGCCUACAGUUUUGUCUGUGACAAUGGCUAUUGGUUCUCACAAGCUGGCUCAGCAAGGCGCCAUCACCAAGCGUAUGACUGCCAUCGAAGAAAUGGCCGGUAUGGAUGUGCUAUGUAGUGACAAGACAGGGACACUGACUCUCAACAAGCUCAGUGUUGACAGAAACUUGGUUGAGGUGUUCGCAAAGGGCGUGGAAAAAGAUCAUGUGCUCCUGCUUGCAGCCAGGGCUUCUAGAAUUGAAAAUCAAGAUGCCAUUGAUUGUGCCAUUGUUGGAAUGCUUGCUGAUCCGAAGGAGGCUCGGGCCAAUGUUAGAGAGGUGCAUUUCUUUCCAUUCAAUCCUGUGGACAAGAGGACUGCUCUGACAUAUAUUGACUCUGAUGGCAACUGGCAUAGAGCAAGCAAAGGUGCCCCUGAGCAGAUCUUGAACCUUUGCAAUGCCAGAGAAGAUGUUAGAAAGAAAGCGCAUGCUAUUAUUGAUAAGUUUGCUGAACGUGGGCUUCGGUCAUUAGCUGUAGCAAGACAGGAAGUGCCAGAGAAAAGGAAAGAAAGUCCUGGAGCACCAUGGCAAUUCGUCGGUUUGCUGCCACUCUUUGAUCCUCCAAGGCAUGAUAGUGGUGAAACCAUCCGCCAGGCUCUUAAUCUCGGCGUGAAUGUCAAGAUGAUUACUGGUGAUCAACUUGCAAUUGCUAAGGAGACUGGCCGAAGACUUGGGAUGGGAACAAACAUGUACCCUUCGGCUUCUUUACUUGGCCAAGAAAAGGAUUCAAACAUAGCCGCCCUUCCUGUUGAAGAGUUGAUUGAGACUGCUGAUGGGUUCGCUGGCGUGUUUCCAGAGCACAAAUAUGAAAUUGUGAGGAAGUUGCAGGAGAUGAAGCACAUUUGUGGAAUGACUGGAGAUGGUGUCAAUGACGCUCCUGCGCUGAAGAAGGCCGAUAUUGGUAUUGCUGUUGCUGAUGCUACUGAUGCUGCAAGAGGGGCUUCUGAUAUCGUACUCACAGAGCCCGGAUUGAGUGUUAUUGUCCAUGCUGUGCUGACUAGCAGAGCGAUUUUCCAGAGGAUGAAGAAUUACACAAUCUAUGCAGUCUCAAUCACAAUUCGUAUUGUGUUUGGUUUCCUGUUUAUUGCUUUGAUAUGGAAGUUUGACUUUUCUCCGUUCAUGGUUUUGAUUAUUGCCAUUCUAAAUGAUGGCACAAUUAUGACAAUCUCAAAGGAUAGGGUGAAGCCAUCUCCUAUGCCAGAUAGCUGGAGACUCAAGGAGAUUUUUGCUACCGGAAUUUGUUUCGGAAGUUAUUUGGCAUUGAUGACUGUUAUAUUCUUCUGGGCUAUGCAUGAUACUCAUUUCUUCCCGGACACAUUUGGGGUGAGAGAUAUAAGUGGUGACGAUAAUCAAAUGAUGGCUGCAUUGUAUCUACAAGUGAGUAUUGUGAGCCAGGCUUUAAUUUUUGUGACUCGCUCGCGCAGCUGGUCCUAUGCUGAACGCCCUGGACUUCUACUGAUGUGUGCUUUUGUGAUUGCGCAAUUGGUAGCAACUCUGAUAGCUGUAUAUGCGGAUUGGGGUUUUGCUAGAAUUAAAGGUUUUGGUUGGGGAUGGGCUGGCGUCGUCUGGAUUUAUAGUGUUAUCUUCUAUAUACCACUUGACUUUAUGAAGUUUGCCAUCCGUUACCUCUUGGCCGGGAAGGCCUGGAGCAACUUGCUCGAGAACAAGACUGCCUUCACUACCAAGAAAGAUUAUGGAAAGGGAGAAAGGGAAGCUCAAUGGGCUAUUGCUCAAAGAACCCUCCAUGGACUUCACCCACCAGAACCCACUAAUCUCUUCCCUGAAAAGGGUAACUACAGAGAGCUGUCUGAGAUUGCAGAGCAGGCUAAAAGACGCGCUGAAGUUGCAAGGCUUCGGGAGCUGCACACGCUCAAGGGUCACGUGGAGUCAGUUGUGAAGCUGAAGGGGCUGGACAUCGAAACGAUUCAGCAGCAUUACACGGUGUGAGAAGAAAGCUUUCUUGAGAGUUAUAAAAGGGAUUUGUUCAAAGACAAACCCUGUUUAAGAGAAAGUCUAUGUAAGUAGUAAUUAAAAAGUAUGAAGAUAAGGAGAGCUUUUUAUGUGUUAUAAUUCUCCUGGUCUAUUUGCUUUUCCUUUCUAUGUAUUUCAAUGUCAUAAGAAAGGACUAUUUGCUGCGAUAAAAGAGGCAAUGUAAUGCCCACGUGUUAUAUAUAUAAGUUCUCUAGCAUCAAUAUAA